CUGUCAUGACAGUGGAUGUAACCCUGAGUGAGCCAUCAUACUACACUCCACCAGCAGACAGGAAGUGGAGUCGUCUGCCCCUUCAUGGAUUUUUUCAGGAGACCCAGGGCCAAGUACACUGUGGUGGGGGAGACAAUACGUUAUGUCAUCCCUGGGCACAUGCAGUGCACCUACUGGUGCGGGGGCCAGGCCUGCAAGUAUGAUGACCCUUCUUACUGGAGUGAGGACAAGCAGGCCAUCAAAGGAAUCUAUUCCUCAUGGAUCACUGAUAACAUACUUGCCAUGGCCAGACCCUCCACCAAAACCAUUGAAAAGUACGAGAUCAUCCACCAGUUUAGAAGGUGUGGAGUCAAAACAGUCAUAAACCUGCAGAGGCCUGGUGAGCACGCCAGCUGUGGAAACCCUCUGGAGCCUGAGAGUGGGUUCAGCUAUCGGCCCGAAAUCUUCAUGGAGAAAGGCAUAUAUUUCUACAACUUUGGCUGGCAUGACUAUGGAGUGACAUCGCUGACGACAAUCCUGGACAUGGUGAAGGUCAUGGCCUUCGCAGUGCAGGAGGGCAAGAUGGCCAUCCACUGUCACGCUGGUCUGGGGAGAACAGGUGUGUUAAUAGCAUGUUUCCUGGUCUACGCUACCAGAAUGUCAGCUGACCAGGCCAUCAUCUAUGUGCGUGCCAAGCGUCCCAACUCUAUUCAGACCCGGGGCCAGCUCCAGUGUGUGAGGGAGUUUGCCAAGUUCCUGGUCCCCCUCAUGAGUGUGUUCUCCUGUGCUAAGCCCCUGACUGAGCCGGUCAGCUUGUCCCAGUACCUGACCCGUCAGAGACACAUGCUGCAUGGCUAUGAGCGCCGUGAGCUCAGAUACCUGCCCAAGAUCAUUGAGCUGGUUUGCAGGCUGCUGCUGGACAUCGCUGAGAACCGGCAGGUCAUCGAAGAAGACAUCCUGGAGGUCCCUGACAUCACUGCUGAGAUGGAGAGGAACAUUCAUGACCUGGACUAUGACUUUGGGGGGGAUGUUGGGGGGGAUGUUCCCCGUCUACCAGGCGCUCCCACCCUGCCUAGACAUGCCAAGGAGCCACCGAUCUUUUACCACCGCAAGACUCUGAGCUACAGUGAUACGGAUCUGCGGCGCCUGGGCUCUGAACUCAACCUGCUGGCCAACCCUCAGACCUCUGUCUCCCAUAAGAACUUGCCUGAGGCGUGCAGCGCUUCUGAAGGAAACCCGCCCGGAGCUAAGACCAGAACUCGUGUCCAGUCCACCACCAGCUUUAGCUCUGCUGGGUCCCUCUGGGAAAAGAAGAAUAUCAUGACUCAAGAAGAUUAUUCACUCGUAAUGAGGAUAAAGCGGAAAGAUGUACAACAAAGUGAGUCCAUGGGUGACCCACUAAAUACAUCCAAGAGUGGAAACUUUUUAACCAGGUGGAAAACAGAGCAGAGAAAGGAGUUGACAAACCAGGUCGAGGAGCCUCAAGGCAAAAAUGAGGAAGAGGAGAAGUCCGAGGUGCCCUUCAUUACCAUCCAGACAGAGCUGUCUCUAGAGACUAGGAGGCUACUGGUGGCCCAGGCCCUGGCUGUGGACCUAGAGAAGGAGGGAGAGACCAAGCACAAAUACAGGGUCUCUGUCUGGAAGGGAGAGUUGAACCUACAAGGGGCAUGGGAGAGGCUGUACAUGGAGCGAGACCCCUUUGUUCUCACAGGGCUGAUGUGGGCGUGGCUAGAACAGCUCAGAGAGCCAGUCAUCUCCACCACAGCUGUCCAGAGUCUGGAUACAAACAACUUAAACCCUCAGACUGUCCUGGACACCCUGGACCAGGGCCCCAAACUGUCCCUACUGUGCAUCCUAGACUGUAUGGCUCAGAUCCUCCUCAUCCCUGAGGAGGUGGAGGCUGCUUUUCUGGACCGCACCAUCAAGGCUUUCACACAGUUGGAGAAGAGCUCAGAGGAGGGUAUUGAGGUGUAUAAGACCAUGACAGACAUUCUUAGACUCGUCCUCCAUGACAAGAGGCUGACUGCCAUUGAGGAGGAAGCCAUGUUGGAAAUGUCUGUCUUCUCUGAGUAAGAGCCCACCUAAAACGGCUCACCAUGUUCCAGAAAGAACACUGCCAUCUACAUUGUGCCUUCCUGUAA